GUUUGCUUGCCGCCUCUUCGCUGUUCCCACACGCCGAGUCCAGCGGCCGGGAAGAGGGCGCCGCUCCGGCCUUUUCCUCCUUCGCUUUCCGUGCGCCCCUCAUGGAAGCGCCUGGGUCGCUGAGGCGGCGCUCCGUUGGUGGCGAGGAUCUUUACCAUUGUCGUUGUUAUUAUUACCGUCUCCCCCUUUUGAGAGCCGCCUGCCGCGUCGUUCAAAACUGAGAGGAAAGCCGGAGGGAAGGAGGGAGGGGCACCAAGGGAAAUCUACACCCCACCCACCCCCGGGAUUGCUGGGUCGAACAUGGCCGGCGAGCCCCAGAAGAAGCAGCACUUGUCGGCGCUGGUGGGCCACACCAACGGCUUCACCAAGCCCGCUUCCCUGGCAGCUGUGGCCGGCGUCCGAAGCGGGCCGGCCGGCUCUGGAGCUGCUGGUGGAGGGGCCACAUCCAAGAAAUUAGUGAUCAAGAACUUCAGAGAGAGACCCACUUUGCCAGAUAACUACACUCAGGACACAUGGCAGAAGCUUCAUGAAGCAGUCAGAGCAAUUCAAAGCAGUACAUCGAUUAAAUAUAAUCUUGAAGAGCUCUACCAAGCUGUUGAAAAUGUCUGUUCUUAUAAAGCAUCACCUAUGCUGUAUAAACAGCUAAGACAAGUCUGUGAAGACCACGUGAAAGCCCAAAUACUGCAGUUUAGAGAAGAUUCUCUCGACAGUCUCCUGUUUUUAAAGAAAAUAAACAGAUGCUGGCAAGAUCACUGCAGACAAAUGAUCAUGAUUAGAAGCAUUUUUUUGUUUUUGGACCGUACUUAUGUUCUUCAGAAUUCAAUGCUACCUUCUAUAUGGGAUAUGGGAUUAGAACUUUUUAGAAGCCAUAUUAUUAAUGAUAAAUUAGUUCAAACAAAAACGAUUGAUGGAAUUCUGCUGUUGAUUGAACGAGAACGGAAUGGUGAAGCUGUAGAUAGAAGCUUGUUACGAAGUCUGUUAAGUAUGCUGUCUGAUUUGCAAGUUUACAAAGAUGCAUUUGAACAAAGGUUUUUGGAAGAUACAAAUCGUUUAUAUACUGCAGAAGGCCAAAGAUUAAUGCAAGAAAGAGAGGUCCCAGAAUACCUUCACCAUGUUAACAAACGUUUAGAAGAAGAAGCAGAUAGAGUAGUGACAUAUUUAGACCAUAGCACACAGAAGCCACUCAUUGCUUGUGUGGAGAGGCAGCUUUUAGGAGAGCACUUAUCAGCUGUUUUGCAAAAAGGACUUGAUAAUCUGCUUGAUGAAAACAGAAUAGCAGAUCUCACCCAGAUGUGCCAGCUUUUCAGUCGUGUGAAAACCGGACAACAGCUCCUCUUGCAGCACUGGAGUGAAUACAUCAAGAACUAUGGGACAACAAUAGUGGUUAACCCUGAAAAAGACAAGGAUAUGGUGCAAGAGCUGCUAGAUUUUAAGGACAAAGUGGAUCAUAUAAUAGAAGUGUGUUUUCAGAAAAAUGAGAAAUGUAUAAACUUGAUGAAAGAAUCUUUUGAAACGUUUAUCAACAAGAGACCAAAUAAACCAGCAGAACUUAUAGCAAAACAUGUGGACUCAAAGCUAAGAGCUGGCAAUAAGGAAGCAACAGAUGAAGAGCUGGAAAGAAUCCUUGACAAAAUUAUGAUAAUAUUUAGAUUUAUUCAUGGUAAAGAUGUAUUUGAAGCAUUUUAUAAAAAGGAUCUGGCAAAAAGACUUCUGGUUGGGAAAAGCGCUUCAGUAGAUGCUGAGAAAUCUAUGUUGUCUAAGCUUAAGCAUGAAUGUGGUGCUGCUUUCACCAGUAAACUGGAAGGAAUGUUUAAGGAUAUGGAACUUUCAAAAGAUGUUAUGGUUCAGUUUAAACAGUACAUACAGAAUCAAAAGGACCCAGGGAAUAUAGACUUAACAGUAAAUAUACUUACAAUGGGAUACUGGCCAACUUAUACGCCUAUGGAUGUCCUUUUGCCUCCAGAGAUGGUUAAACUUCAAGAAGUAUUUAAGACUUUUUAUCUUGGAAAGCAUAGUGGUCGAAAACUUCAGUGGCAAACUAGUUUAGGACAUGCUGUCCUGAAAGCAGAAUUUAAAGAGGGCAAGAAGGAGUUUCAGGUGUCACUCUUCCAAACCUUAGUGCUUUUAAUGUUCAAUGAAGGAGAUGAAUUCAGUUUUGAAGAAACUAAAAUGGCCACUGGUAUAGAGGACAGCGAAUUAAAAAGAACCUUGCAGUCUCUGGCCUGUGGUAAAGCAAGAGUACUGAAUAAAAGUCCAAGAGGAAAGGAUGUAGAAGAUGGAGACAAAUUUGCCUUUAAUGGUGAUUUUAAGCAUAAAUUGUUCAGAAUAAAGAUCAAUCAAAUCCAGAUGAAAGAAACGGUCGAAGAGCAAGUCAGCACAACUGAAAGGGUGUUUCAAGAUAGACAGUAUCAGAUUGAUGCAGCCAUAGUACGAAUAAUGAAGAUGCGGAAGACACUCAGUCACAAUCUUCUUGUUUCAGAGUUAUAUAAUCAGCUAAAAUUUCCAGUAAAGCCUGGAGACUUGAAAAAGCGGAUUGAAUCUCUCAUAGACAGAGACUAUAUGGAGAGAGACAAAGAUAACCCUAAUCAGUACCACUAUGUUGCAUGAUGAGGAGGAAACUGUUUUUAUAAAACAGGAGGACAUUAGCUUCCCAAGAAUGGAUACUUGUGUUGUUCCCAAACCUUACUUUUAGCAGAACUGGGAAUGAUGUUCAUUAAGCAGUUGCAUGUACUGCUGAUACUUGAAACAUCCUUGCCUAGAAUCUGUGGUGGUAUUCAGAGACAAUUAUUUUUAGAUCUGCUUCUUGAUUUCUUUCAGAAUUCUGUUCAAAAUUUAUUUUGGAGUUGGAGUGAAUGGUAAUUGUCCUCUGUAUAAUUCUUUUGCCUGAAGAGUGGUUGUGUGUGUUUGACAGCACAUCAUAAAAAUACUUUACGCUGCCAUUUUUCGCUUCAAGAAUUAUUUGAGUUUCUUUUAAACACUGUUGAAGAACAAUCAGUGGUCUCGGGGUACACUGAAGUUUUAACUAUGCACCAAGAAUUCUAGUUUGUUCUGUUAGAUUUUUGUUUUGUUUUUUGUUUUAUAUACUUUAUCCCUGUUUAGAUGGAUCAAGUGCCAAGAGGAUAACAGCAUUAAAAUAGAUGAGCUUUCUAAUGAGCUCAGAUAUUCAUUGGUGAGAUAUAUUUUCUUCUUGGCCACAUGAAGGUGAACCAAAUAAGCACUUUCUAGCUCUGGGAUAAUUGUUUCUAACCUUUCAUGUAAAAAAAUGAAACUAUAGGAUAAUAUAGUUUUAUUCUAAAAGUUACACACAGGGUAAUUACAGUGGCAUGAUCUUAGAAAAUUUCAAAAUAUAUUUUUAAGGCUUUUUAGCCCUGUAACGAAAACAAUCCAGCUCCUCUUCGGAUCAUACUUGCUGAAACAUGAGAAAACAUGAGAAAAUAUUCCUAUUGUGGUAGCUUUCCUCCUUUCUAUCCCAUACUGUGCAUUCAUAUGCAAAGUUUCUCUGGACUUUCUGCACGCAGGAAGAUUUGAUUGUUCUCAUAGUUUUACCUUGACAGAUGAAGUAGCUUGUUUCAUAUCAUUUAUAUGGAAAUUCACAGAACUUUGAAGAAAGAAAGCUAUGUUAACAGACAGUUGUAACAGCUGGCUUUACAGGAUAUUCAUAAUGAUGUAUGUUUAAAAGAAACCAAAGGGAGUUUGACCUUUUGUGUCAUUAAUGUUAGUAGUAUCUUUAUUAAAAUGCUUUGCAUAAAAUUAGUAACUUGGUUUAUUAUAUAAACUCCCUUGUACUAUUUUGACUUCUGCAAAUUAAAAUCCUUUUCUCAUCUGCA